UAUUAUUUUAUCAAAUGAGUAUCAAAAAUUCAUUUUUAUUAAAAGUUGUCUAAUCAAAUGAAAAUGUUUUAUUCUGAAAUUUCUUCACCAUCUUCCGAGAGUAUCCCUAGUCCAAGAUGUUUUCCACUAGCCGUUACUCGGCGCUUCCUUUUUUUCAAAACUUGAAAUGUUUUCAUCAACUCUUUCUCUACAAAAGACCGAAAACAGAAAAGAUAUUCCAACGAACAAACAAAACUAAUCUCCAAAAUAUAAAAAAAUGUUGUCUCAAUCUCCUGUUGCUGCAAAUUCCAUCCAACGCCCCAAACCCGCCGCCGGGCGGAAGCCUCUCCAGCCGACGAACUCCCCGGCGAAUAGACCCCCGGCCAAAGCAAUCAAGCCCAAGCUAAAACCCGACCAGGUCGAGACUUUGCCCACACAGAGUUCAAACAAAGAGAACGUGCAUCCCCUGCACGCGCCGCCGGCGGGGAAAACGGGAAAGCCUCCCAGCGAGGUCGAACUGCGCGACUCCUCGCUUGCGGAUGAGCUCGGCGCGAUCCGCGAGAAACUGGAGCGGCUGAGGAUCGACAAACAGAUGACGGAGAAGAUGCUCCGCGAGAGAGACGAGGCGAUGGAUCUGCGGAUGAAGGAGCUGAUGAACAGAGGGGAAAUUCAGAAGGAGCUCGAGCUCGAAGUCGAUCGGCUCUUCCGAUUGAACGAGCUCCGGAUCUCCUGCACGAAAGUAUUGCCGAUUCGGUCGCUUCGAGACAGGGAAAACGAGAAGAAGGAGAAGGAAGAUCAAAUCAAGGACGCGGCGGAAACCGAAGACGAGGAAAGAUUACAGGGUAGAAUUGCACCUUCAAGCCCAAGUUCAGAUCUCGAUUCUGAGAAAUGAAUACUCCGUAGAAGAAGAUGGCUAAAGAUUGGGUACACAGACCACAAUCAUUUGUGAAUUUUGUAAUUUCACCGACGUUCACAUACAGUUAGUAUUUGUAUGUGUACAAAUUUACCAAUGAUGUCAUAUAUAGUGUUAACAUCUUGUUAUAAUCCUAGCAUUUUUGUUUAUUGAAUAAGAAUUGUACAAUUAUAGUUACUAGUUAGAUUAUUUUAAGAAAUAUUUGCACUAAAUAGUACUAAAACUUAAGUCAUUUU